CCCCAUCACGAGACUAACGUGCCCUCCUCCAUUUUGUUUCACAUAUAUAGCACCAACCCCACCACCUUUCUCUUUUGCUAUAGCUAGCUCUCUUUUCUUCUUUUUUUAAUUCUUGAUCCUUCAUAUAUAUACACACCUCUAAUGGCUGAGCCAGGACGUGAUGCCUCCUCCGACACUCGAAGGAAGGGCAUCGGGAAGCGUUCUUCGGUCGAGUGCCAGUCGGUUGCUGAACCAGCUCCACAGGUAACAGUUGCCGCUGCAGCUCCAUGCGGUGCAUGCAAGUUCUUGAGGAGGAAAUGUAUUAAUGGCUGCAUUUUUGCACCUCACUUCGGUUCAGACCAGGGUGCAGCCAGGUUCGCAGCGGUGCACAAGGUAUUUGGUGCUAGUAAUGUGUCUAAGCUAUUGCUUCACAUUCCGGUUAAUAGGAGACAUGAAGCUGUUGUUACAAUAUCUUAUGAAGCUCAGGCAAGGCUAUCUGAUCCAGUUUAUGGCUGUGUCUCCACCAUUCUUGCGUUGCAACAACAGGUAGCAUCUUUGCAAGCUGAGCUUACAAUGGUCCAAACUCAACUAAUAAACAGUAGAUUUGCAAUGGCAAAUGUCCUUCAAAAUUCACAACAGCAGCAACAACAUAUUGCAAUGCUUCAACCAGCCUAUUCAAACAACUCAUCAGCUUCUACUAACCUAAUCAACAUGAGCAGUUUCACCUCCAACUUUGACCUAGUAACUGACACAGCUCCUUCUUCUCUUAGCUUGGAUCCUAUCCAGCUUUCACGGCCAUCUCAGGAAGACGAAGAAGACGAGGAAGAGAGUCAAAUUCCAAGCAUCUUUGCUGACGAAAUACCUCACCGGAGAUGAACCUUAGAAAUACUCUCAAAGAGUUAUAUCCUUCAUGCAUGCUCUUAUAUAUAUUUCUCAUGCAAAAUAUACAUACACAUAUACAUUUAUAUAUCAGCUCAAUAUACAGUUCUCUUGUUU